AUGUCCUACUCUGGUGUAUUUGGCCUCGGUUACUACCCAGCAUAUCGCUUCGUCUCUCUUCCUCUCCUCAAUGUCCAGGCCGAGGCAUCCAUUAAAGAGCUUGCUGCCCAAGUAAAGCUCACUCAAACCUACGCCAAUGACGCAAACGUGCCUAUCGAGGCGUCAUACACCUUCCCCAUUCCCUCUCGAGCAGCAGUAUGCAGCUUUGUUAUGAUCAAACAAGAUGGAACUCGGGUUGUUGGAAUUGUAAAGGAGAAGCAAGAGGCUCGGGAGACUUACCAAACUGCCGUCGCAGCUGGCCAUCAGGCGUCACUCUUGGAGCAGCAGACUCCGGAUGUAUUUCAGGUGUCGGUCGGCAAUAUCGCAUCAAACGAACAAGUUCAGAUUGAGCUCAUUUACGCGACAGAGCUUGCUGAAGACGAAGAGAGCGAUUCGAUUCGAUUCCAUCUCCCAGUCCACAUCGGUGCUCGUUAUGGUCAUGCCCCUACUUCCCCUCACACUUUCUCCUUCCGCAACUUCUUCGUCAAGGCCAAAUCCUCUCCUCCGUUCCUGACUGUCGCAUUGAAUGUCGAAGCUCGAGCGCCGAUCGCUAAGAUUGGCUCUCCUUCCCACACUGUCUCGACAGAACUGGGCCCCGAUCCAAAGCUCCCCAAUUUUAAGGAGUUGCCGUUCUCGAACUAUGCCCGCAUCUCGCUGUCGUCAGAGUCGAUGCUGGACAAGGACUUCGUGCUUACGGUAAAAUCAGCUGGCCUUGAUGCCCCUCGUUGUGUUGCCGAGUUGCAUCCCACAGACAAUACUGUCGCAAUGGCGCUGACUCUUGUCCCGCGCUUCAAACUCCCCGAUAUUUCGCGCCAAGAGUUUGUACUUCUGGUGGACCGCAGUGGUUCGAUGGACGGAAAACGGAUUCAGGCCGCAAAAAGAGCAAUGGUCGUGAUGCUUCGUUCAAUCCCACACAAAGACUCGCUCUUCCAAAUCAUGUCAUUCGGGUCUCAUUGUAGCUCCCUCUGGCCACAGGGCAGCAAAACAUAUAAUCAAGAAACCCUUGAACAGGCGACGAAACAUGUUGACUCGAUGAAUGCGGACUUUGGGGGAACGGAAAUCCGGAACGCGUUGGCGCAGUGUUUCCGCGAUCGCAAAAAGGACCGCCCGUUGAGCGUUCUGAUGUUGACAGACGGCGAAGCUUGGGAUUUGGACGGAGUGUUGGCUGAGUGUAAAAGCGCUGUCGAAGGCGCACCGAAAAAUGCAUAUAUUCGUCUUUCCGUUCUUGGCAUCGGCAACUCGGUUUCAACUGCUAUGUGUGAGGGUAUUGCGCGGAUUGGAAACGGGACGUGCAUGAUCGUGGGUGAAAAUGAGACAAACUUUACGGGCAAAAUAUCCCGAAUGCUCAAAGCGGCCAAAUCGCCACCUAUCUCGGAUAUCAUUGUUGAUUGGGGACAAUCAACUUCAACAAAUUUCACGUCGUCCUCCGCUGAUGACGAUUUUGAGGAGUUUUGA